AUGGCCGACGCCGACGACCUCGAUAAUCCCCGCGACGUUGAGCUGAGCUCCCUCUCCGCGAUCUAUCCCGAGAUACAGCAACUUAAUCCAAACGACCCGUAUACCGUCGCCCUCGACGUGCCCGUCAAUCCAUCAGAAGCCGUAACCGUAUUUUUCCCCGCCGCCACCGACGACGGGCUACUCCCAGACGCAAAUGGCGCACAGAAUGGUGACGCUGCCGUCGGCCUCGACCAGCAGGGUGGCGUCGACUCCCACGAGCUAGCACAUUUGCCCUCGGUGCACCUCGAGAUCACGCUGGGCCCCCAAUACCCCGCCGAACAACCGCCGCAAGUCAGCAUCUCGACCAACCCCCCAUGGAUUCCAUUCGACACGAUCAAACGCUUGGAGAGUGAUGCGGCCCGUUUGUGGGAGGAGAUGGGACGGGAUAUGGUUGGCUUCACGUACAUCGACCAUGUGCAACAAGCAGCGGACGGUGUUUUUGGGCUCGUGGACAGCAAGGGCUCUCUCGGAGUCGACCCGAGCCACAAGAUUGCGAUUUUGGACUACGAUAUAAAGGCGAGAAGGGCCGCAUUUGAAAAGGAGACUUUUGAUUGUGGGGGCACCGUUUGCCACCGAAUGCUGGACUGCGGCCACGUUUUCUGUAUCCAAUGUCUGCAGGACUUCUACAAUAAUGCCAUCAAAGAAGGAGAUAUCACGGCAGUAAAAUGCCUGGCGCCCAACUGCGCAAAGGAACGCGCAACCGCUGCCUCUUCUUCAGGUCGCAAACGCAAGAAGCCCAAGACCUUUAUCAACCCCAGUGAGCUAUUGCAGAUCCCACUGGAUCAGGAGAUGGUCAAACGUUACGUGACGCUCAAGUAUAAGAUUGAGCUGGAGUCCGACAAAAACACAAUCUACUGUCCACGACAGUGGUGCAACGGCGCGGCGAGGUCCAAAAAGCACAAGAAACCCCAGGGUCUGGAGUUGGCCGAAACCCCGGAUGAGUCAAUAUCUGAUGAGGACGACGAGGACGAGGAUGACGAUCAUCCUGAUGGAGAGGGAAAGUCUAAGCCUUACAAACCGGCCGAUGAUUUGCUGGCCAUUUGCGAGGAAUGCAGCUUUGCCUUUUGCAGUCGUUGCUACCAGUCAUGGCACGGCGAAUUCUUCCGCUGCGUCCCGCGGCGCGACAAGGUAGAGCUCACGGCCGAUGAACUGGCUUCGCUCGAAUACAUGAGGAUGCACACCACGCCCUGCCCUACGUGCGGGGUGCCAGCACAGAAGACGCAUGGCUGCAACCACAUGAUUUGCAACCGCUGCCAGUCACACUUCUGUUAUCUCUGCUCGUCUUGGCUCGACCCCGGCAACCCGUAUCAACACUUCAACGAAGCCCCCGACGGUCGUGUUACGGGGUGUUAUAUGCGUCUUUGGGAGCUGGAACAAGGUGACGGUGAUGAUGUCGGUAUCGGCUUUGCGGGAGGUGCUGGUGGGGGCGUCGGCCAACCUCCCGCUUUGAUCAUGCCCGCCCAAGAGCUCAUCCCCGAGAUCGAGGAGCCUGAGGAGGACGAGGAAGAAGUCCGCGCUGCUAGAGAUGCAGCAGCGAGACAUCAUGAUGCACACGCCAACGGCGGUCAAGUCGGCAUUGCGCGGGAAGGUCCAUUGGUUCUUCGCAUAGCUGCCAACCAGCCCGCCGCUCCCUGGAACGUGGCGGGGCCGCGGCGGGGCGAACAACCAGCGGGCUCCGGUGCCCCCAACCCCCCAGCCCCUUCCAGCACCAGGGGCAGUUGGAGGAGCAGCAGCGAGAGCCAGCACAGAACCCAGCAACUAGCGGGCACGAGGCGGAAGACCCCAACCAAGCCGCUCGGGGUCUAG